AUGGAUCUCGUACAGACAGUGCGCAAAGAAGGCAGCCGCGGCGGUCGCGCCGACUUCAAAUGGGAAGACGUCAAGAACGAUGCGCAACGCGAAAACUACCUGGGCCACUCGCUCAUGGCCCCCGUCGGUCGCUGGCAACAAGGACGCGACCUGAACUGGUACGCAAAGGGCGACGAGGAAUCUAAAGAAGCCGAAGCCGCGCGCAUCAAGGAAGAGAAGCGCAAGCUGAAGGAGGCUGAGGAAGACGCUAUGCUAGCUGCCAUGGGUUUGCCCGUGCCAGUACGCAACAACGCGAACCUGACGCCACUCGGCCAGAAGGCACAUGAGGCAGAUGUCAAGGACACGCUAGACGAGAAGGCCAAGGUGGAGGAUGAUGACGACAAGGCGAAGAGGAGGGAGAAGAAGGAGCGUUCACGCAGACACAGAGACGACGAUGGAGAGCGAAGGAGACCGAUCGAGGUCACUAUCGAGAGACCGGAGACGGCGAAAGGACACGAGAAGCAGGUCACCACACGAGAGGAGUGGGAGGAGGAGGGAUUGAGGAGUGUAGCAGAUACAGCGAACACAUCCUCAAAGCAGUUCUAA